AUGAGAGCGAUCAAGAAGAUUGACCUUGGUUAUUUAAUUCGGUAUUAUGGUAAGAAGUCUUCCACAGCGAGUGCUAAAGAUAUCGUGCUGCGUACGCAAGCAGUGCCUAGAGCUCUUGAACCCAUCGUAACAGCUGAUGAUGCAGGUAUCAUCAAGAACACAUCUGAGAUUAGGCCACCAGACCGCAACAUCAAUGAUUUGGCCUCAAGGCUUUUUGAACACUACAAUUCUGGCUAUUUGAAAAUAGCAAAAUCUACGCUGAGUUCUGUUAAUCACUUCUUUAACGCUGCUAAGGUAUCUUACGAAUGGAGCGCAUCCUCCUUCAUGGAUAUUCCAGGAGAAAAACUGAGAGAGAAAAUGGAACUUCAGACGCUAAAAAAUUCGCUUUCGGGCGAAGUAGAGGACAAUCAGCAUGCUCAGGCUGCCCGUAAAUUUCCAGGUAAAACUGAUGGCGUCCCUUUUGAGCUGUUAAAUGGCUUGCCCGAAGUUGUAUUUCUUGGGCGCUGUAACUCGGGUAAGUCAACAUUGCUAAACAACCUUACAACAGAGUUUUCGACCCUGAGGCUGAACAACUAUGCUAAAUCAUCGAGUAAGGCUGGUUUCACUAAAACCAUCAACUGUUUCAAUGUAGGCAAGAGGUUCAGAUUGAUCGACACCCCAGGCUACGGUAUUAAAGGUACCCAACAACAAGGCGAGGUUAUUAUGCAGUACUUGAGGAAAAGGAGAGAGCUCAAAAGGACUUUUCUGAUAGUGUCAGCGGAGCAGGGCUUUGCCGCCACGGACUCUCAAAUAGUGGACUUUUUGAUGAAGUUUGGUAUCCCAUUCGAGGUUGUUUUUACCAAACUAGACAAGGUUAAAAGAAUUGAUGAAUUACAUAAUAUGAUCCAAGAAAGCGGUGUCUUGGAGCUGCCGACAAUGCCCCAAAUGUUGUUCGUAAAUUCAAUAUCAACUUCGAAAUUUCCAAAGAGGCUUGGAAUCGAUAGGCUUCGGGCUGCCAUUCUAGAAAGCUGUGGUUUAAAACCAGGCGUGAGGCCCUUGAAGUUGAGAUGA